UUCUCGUGGAUGGUCUCUUGUGGACCGGCCUCCACUGUAUAGGGAUGCGGGGGCGGUCGGCCCCUGCGCAGAGCUGCUGCUGCUUCGCCGCGUCGAGCUGCCCCGCGCGGCGCCGAGGCGCGGCGUCCUCGACGAGGCGCUCGGGCUGCGGGCCGGGCCGCUGCCCGCGGGGGAGGAGGAGCUGGCGCGCGGCUUCUGGAGGAGAGGCGCCGGGGCGGACGCCGGCGCGGGCAUCGCCCUCGGAGAAGGCCUCGAGGCGCUGCAUGCCAGCCGCGCGCAGGCGCUGCUGGCGGCGCAGCGCGCCGCCGCGCACCUCCUCGAGCUGCGCACCGCGCCGGCCGCUGCGGCCGGCGGCGCGGAGGACGACCACGCGGUCAUGCGCGCGCUCGUGGACCCGCCGCUGCCGCCGCCGCGGGAGUGGCUGCAGGCGGCCGAUCCCGCGCCGGCGCCCGCGGGCACCCGGCCCCCGCCGAGGCUGACCUUGCUCUGCCGCACCAGGGCGCAGGCAGAGGCGGCGCUGCAGCUUGAGGAGGGGCUGGUGCACGAGCUGCAGCUCGACUUCCUGGAGGCCCAGGGCCUGGAGGAGGCCGUGGAGGCCGCGAGGGCGGCGGGCCGCCGCGUGGCGGCGUGCCUGCCGCGGGUUCUGAAGCCGGGCGAGGACAAGAUCUGGCUCUUUUACCUGCGCCUCCGGGCCGACGCGCUCCUGGUGCGGAGCGCGGGGGCGUUGUACCAGUUGUCUGGUUUCGGCGCCGGGGGCGAGGCGGAGGGCGCCGACGACGCGGCGGCCGAGGCGGGCGAGGAGGCGUCCGGGCCGCGCCCAGAGCUGAUCGGGGACUUCAGCCUCAACGCCGCCAACGCCGUCACGGCCGCGGCGCUGCUCGAGGUGCCGGGGCUGCGGCGCCUGACGCCCACGCACGACCUGAGCGCAG